AUGCACUUCCGUGUACUAGCUAAAGCUUUACGUUUAUCUGGUGGAGAUCAUAUUCACGCAGGUACAGUAGUAGGUAAACUUGAAGGAGACAGAGAGUCAACUUUGGGCUUUGUUGAUUUACUGCGCGAUGAUUAUGUUGAAAAAGAUAGAAGCCGCGGUAUCUUUUUCACUCAAGAUUGGGUCUCACUACCGGGUGUUCUGCCUGUGGCUUCGGGGGGUAUUCACGUUUGGCAUAUGCCUGCUUUGACCGAGAUCUUUGGAGACGAUUCCGUACUACAAUUCGGGGGCGGAACUUUAGGCCACCCUUGGGGAAAUGCACCGGGUGCCGUAGCUAACCGAGUCGCUCUGGAAGCAUGUGUACAAGCUCGUAAUGAGGGACGUGAUCUUGCUGUCGAGGGUAAUGAAAUUAUCCGUGAGGCUUGCAAAUGGAGUCCUGAACUAGCUGCUGCUUGUGAAGUAUGGAAGGAGAUCAGAUUUAACUUCCCAACCAUCGAUAAAUUAGAUGGCCAAGCAUAG